AUGGCAGCCGUGAAUGAGUGGACGAAGAGAGGCCCCUUAGAAUGGCACGAUUACACUUACAAAGAAGUCAGAGUGACAGCAAGUGAGAAGGACUAUAGAGGAUGGGUUUUAACCACAGACCCCGUCUCUGCCAAUAUUGUCCUCGUGAACUUCCUUGAAGAUGGCAGCAUGUCUGUGACCGGGAUUAUGGGACACGCCGUGCAGACUAUUGAGACUGUGAGUGAAGGGGACCAAGGAGUAAGAGAGAAGCUGAUGCAUUUGUUUGCCUCUGGAGACUGUCAGGCAUUCAGCCCGGAGGAUCUGGAAAAGAGAAGGAACAGCCUGAGGAAAUGGCUUGAGAAGAACCACAUCCCGGUCACUGAACAGGGAGAUUCGCCAGGGACCCUCUGUGUGGCUGGGGUCCUGACUAUAGACCCACCUUAUGGUCCAGAAAACUGUAGCAGCUCGAAUGAGAUUAUUCUGUCCCGUGUGCAGGAUCUUGUUCAAGGACAUCUUGCAGCUUCCCAAUGA